GCAGUUGACACCAUAAAAGGUGAUAAGGUGGCCAUCAAGAAAAUCAGUCCAUUUGAGCACCAGACAUACUGCCAAAGAACCCUGAGAGAGAUCAAAAUACUAACACGCUUCUCUCAUGAAAAUAUCAUCGAUAUCAAAGAUAUUAUCAAAGCAGACGCAGUUGAUUCCAUGAGAGAUGUAUAUAUUGUGCAAACUCUGAUGGAAACAGAUUUGUACAAGCUGCUGAAGGCCCAGCCAUUGAGUAAUGAACACAUCUGCUACUUCCUCUAUCAGAUCCUCCGAGGGCUCAAGUAUAUCCACUCAGCUAAUGUUCUUCAUAGGGACCUCAAACCAAGCAACCUGCUCCUCAAUACUACUUGUGAUCUUAAGAUCUGUGACUUUGGUCUCGCACGAAUAGCAGAUCCUGGCCAUGACCAUACUGGUUUCUUGACGGAAUACGUAGCAACACGAUGGUACCGUGCACCAGAGAUCAUGCUGAAUUCCAAAGGUUACACCAAGUCCAUUGAUAUCUGGUCUGUAGGUUGCAUUUUGGCAGAGAUGGUGAGCCAGAGACCCAUCUUUCCUGGAAAGCACUAUCUAGAUCAGCUGAACCACAUCCUUGGAAUUAUAGGUACACCAACCCCAGAUGACCUGAAAUGCAUCAUCAAUGUGAAGGCUAGAUCAUACCUUCAAGGACUGCCCAUUAAGGAAAAAGUCCCCUUUGGAGUUAUGUACCCCAAAGCAUGUAAAAAAGCUGUUGAUUUGCUGGAUAAGAUGCUGUCAUUUAACCCUGACAAGAGGAUAACCGUUGAGCAAGCUCUAGCACACCCCUACUUGGAGCAAUACUAUGACCCAGAAGAUGAGCCUGUGAAAGAAGAACCGUUCACAUUUGCCACAGAGCUGGAUGACUUACCAAAAGAAAAACUGAAGGAGAUGAUCUUCGAAGAAGCCAGUAAAUUCAAUCCACCACCAAAAUCUCAAUGAUAGCUGAAAUUUGACAAGUGGAACCUUCCUGACAACUGCCGUAAAGUACAGAGGGGACAACAAAUGGACAGAUUGAUCGAGAUGGAGAGGAAAGGGCAGAGAUAUUUGUAUAUUAUAUAUUUUUCCCUUUAGGUUGGUGUAGUGUAGUAAAAGCAGUGGCUAAAAUUUGACCAUGUUUUAUGAGAGUAUAUCUUCAACUCUGUAUAGGUUCAGUGGUAAGAGUUUUCAAAUGGGGACUCUUAUAAUAGUAUUAUGAGUUAUUUGAGAUCUGUUAAAAGGAGGCAAUAUACAAGACAGGAGCAAAUGUUGAAAUCACCAAUAAUUUUUUUUUUGAAAUUCCAUGAAUACUUCUCAGACUUGAACCCACAAUCUGGAAUAAAUACUAAUGCUCUUACAUUGAUUCUUUGAGUGUGUAAUGGAAUUUAGUGAUUUUUAGAGUCUAAUCUGAAGGUAAAUUUGUAAUUUACAAUUUCCACAUUAGGCAAAUAUUCACAUCGAUAUAUUGGUAUCACCAUAUGAAAAUUGUUAGAGAGGACCCUUAAGUUUGCAAUUUGUUAUUUAUUUCCACUGCUUCUCGAUGGUCUAAGGGGUUGAGCUGAAUAGGUUAAUAAAGUAAGGAAGAUGAUUUGCAUGAAUGAUUUAUGAUUGUAUAGUUAUGGAUGAUUCUAAAUUUAAAGGAGAAUAGGGUGUGUCUUGCAUAUUUGUACACGCUCUUGAAAUCAUGCAUAUAUAAUCUAAUGUACAAAGUUUAUAAUGUUUAUACGUAAAAUAGAGAAACAUUGAUGAUUAUAUCAACAGAUGUUAUACAAAAAUGUGAAUUAGAUGAUCAUGUUUGUGUAACAUUUUUAUUGUUGAUGUACAUGUAUUGUACUUUUUAUUCUUGAAGUAUAUGUAUUUGAAUGCAUGAAUUUUCUUGAGGGAAAUCUAGUUGAAAAAUAUGUGAUCAUGUAUUAUAGUUGCAUGGUAUUUCUGUGCAUGUUGGUGAACAAAAUGCAUUUUGAAGAUAACCUGUUGGCAAUAGUGCCAUAUCCACCAAUAUGAAAUUACAGUCCUCUACUAUAAUUAAAUGCUCUUGUGAAGCAGAUUUGCUCUUAGUGGCAUUUGUAUUGAACAGUCCUUGAUUUGAGAUAACUGUACUAUCCAUUAGUUACAAUAUUAUGGUUGUGCGGUCCCCUAUUGUUAGUGUGAAUAUAUCACAAUAGAAGCCUGUGUAUGAAGGACAUCCACAGUUAACCCUGCAUUCACACAUUGAUAUUAUAUAUAUCAAGUGAUUGUACAUAUAAUAUGGCCAUUCAUUUAGGUUAUUUCAAGCUAUUGUUUGAGUUUGAAUUUUUGCUCAGAAUUCCACCCAUAGGUUGAUAAACAUUACUGCCAAAUGAUAUUGCUGAAGACAUUUUAAAAACAUAUAUCCAUUAUACUCUAUAAGAGGUUACUUACUCUUAAUCAUGCCUCCAUAUUGUACACAAUGUCUAUGAGAAAGGAAAUCAGAAUUUUAACAAAUGAGGCUUUGUUUCAUGGAAAUUUUUUUUUCCUAAAUGUUUUUAUAAUUCUUUAUUAAAAUUUACAUUUAGGAGUAUUUAUUUCUCUAAUCCUGCUAUUCGACCUUGCUGGAUAACCAUAAAAAUCAGAAGAUAUUUGAUGGCUCAGAGGAUAUUAUUUAGAAGUACAAUUUGUCAUGGUGAUGUGAAAACACCUGCAGCACCUCUUAUUUUUUCAUUGCUUUGGAUUAAUAACCUUUGAUCAUAUGUGCACAUUGCAUAAGGGCAUUUCUUUGUGAUGUGACGUACAGAAAUAUGCUAAGGAUAUUUUUGGCUGAAGCAAUCAAUUAUGGGUCAUUCAUAGUCAUUUUAUUGAACUGACUUAAAGGAGAAACAAGAUAAGGAAAAAAAAAUGUUAAUAUUCCCUUGGGCUUUGCCAACACUGUAUUACCUGUAAGUUAUAAGUGAAAGUAAACUUUUAUCUUUCUCUAUCACUCUGAAAAGUUAGGGAUAGGAUAGUGUGAACCAUUUCCCCAUGUAUAUAUGUCCGCCAGAGCUUCGCACUUGUUGGAAGAUUUCCUUGAUAUGGGAGUAGAAUAUGUUUCCCAUGUAUAUUGGAGUAGAAUAUGUUUCCCAUGUAUAUUGGAGUAUGAUGAGGAGAGGUGAUAACUCUCCUAGUUACGAGUCUUGAAAUGAUUUGUAAGCAACUCAAGUAAUGUAAAAUAUUAGUUUUCUAGUGUCCCUGAUGUAGAAUGUAUGAUAAGGGAUAUGGAUGAUACAGUAGGUGUUUCAUCAGAGAUAAGGCCAUUGCAUCACAUUUCCAAUGUUAAUUUGCUGCAGGAUAAUCAAGGAUGACUUUACUUUGAUAUUGUAAAAAAGGCAUUUUCCUUAUUUAGAGAUUUGUAAAUUGAAUGAAAGUUUGUCAUUCCAAGUGAUUUCUGUAACAAAGUGUAUAUUUUCUAUUAAUCACAUGUAAAUCUUUAUUAUGGAGCUAUGUGUUACAUAUGUAGGUGUGAAUUGACACUGUUUAAUGAUAGUGCACAACUUUUUGUCCACCUGUACAGAAUAAAUAAGGUUCUUAAAGAAUAUUCUUUACUGAAAAUUACAAUCAUUACAUUUUACUUCUCAAUAAUAGAAAGGGCUAAGAUUGUACAUUUUUUAUCAUGAAAUGUUUUCUUUGCCCAUAAUACAUUUCUUGACAACCUUGGAGAGGAGAAAUCUAUUGAUUCUAGUCCUAACAAUUCCCUUUUUAUUGUUAAGUGUUGUAUUUCAUGACAUUUAGACCUUGAGAUUACCGGAACAAGGGAACCAUGUUGGCAAAUUCUAAAUCUCUGUCCCCAAGGCAAUUCCAAGAGAGGUAUUUGACUACCGUAUCAUAAUUUUGUCCUAAUAAAGUCAUUGUUAACUCCUUAGUAAUAAUGUGAAGCCACACUGCUCUACACAAACACAAAGGUGGCUGCUGUAAUCAUGUCUUUGUUGACAUAUAUACCACAUCCAUGGUUCUUUUCUGGACGCAGGGCAGGUCAAUCACAACACACAAUAUAUUAAUAUUUCUCUUUGACUCGCAACCUUCUACCAUGUGCUCAGCAGGUAUGUGGAUCUGCUUGUUAGGCAUGAGUUAAUAUAAUUUCAUUAUUGACAUAUGCUCAUCGGGUGAAUCUUUCAAAACAUUUAUGCUUCUUACAAAAUCUAUUCAGUUCAGUACCAGUCCUCUUGAAGAUGUUACUUAGCUCUCAAUUUACAUGUUCACUUGUCAAUUGCAAUGAAAGCAGUGAACAUAGCUGAGAGAAUGAACUCAAUAUCUUCUAAUGAAAAACUCAAAUUUCCACAAAGAAUCAACAGAUUUAAAAAGAUAUAAUGGUCACUACACUCUUAUAGGAUUGGAAUGUCAGAAAGUACUUUAAUAAAGCUUUUAGAAAGGCUUUGAAUGGAUCUCCUUGACCCUGUCAGGUUUUCCCAAUAUCUAUCUACUCUAUUGGGUUUUCAUGAGGAAGGUGAAGAGCUGCCACCAUUUUGGUAUUGUCAUAGUAGCAAUUACUUUGCCUCAAUAAGACUGGUGAAGACUCACCUAUAUAUGUCCCUUCUUUCAUCUUGUAUUGUGAUACACAAACAAGUUCAUGCAAUUAGGAAAAUAAAAACACUACUGAACUGUGAUAUAUGCAUUAGGUAGCUCUUCUAUAAAAGUUCACUUUAUUUUUCUGUAUUCCAAAGACUAAAAAUAAUAGGAAGUUAAUAUUGUAAGAUAUAUUGCAAGAUUUUUAUUGAUCUUUUAGAGAUAUGACUUGCUUAUGAAAAUAUAUAUAUAAGUAUAUGUUUGUGCAAAGUAUGUGGCACUUUCCAUGACAAAUAGAUUAUGCAGCAAAAAUUUAGAAAGAAAAAAGUUAUAUGAGUGUCUUGUAAAACUAUUACAAUAUAUCCUUUACGCAUGUGUAUAGUUUGGUUGCCAACUUUGUUCACUAUGUGAAUUUGAUGUCGUUUUCAACUUUUGUUAUACAGAAUUUAUAAUAUUAUAAUAAUGUAAUUGGGAUAAGUUAUGCUAGCAUGCCGCAGCAUAAACAUUGUAGUGUUAUGAUCUUAGAUGCAGAGUAAAAAAAAGAAGAGAUAAUUUAAUAUUGAAGGAACUUCUGACAAAUUAUUAUAGCUUCAAAUUCACAAUAAAUGUACAGUACUUCACAAAAUAA